UCUGAUUUCAUCAUCUUAUUACACGUGAAGUUAGUGUAGUAAUUCUCCAAGCAAAUCUCAAAGAAACGAAAUGCUGAACUUAGCCAAAAUUUCACCCGUUACAUCCCAUUUCGUUAAUCCUCAUAAUGGGUUAACGAAGCCUUCAGUUAUGCACAUGUUGCGCCAUGUUCAAAAGAAACAUAAAUCUGAAGGUGUCAGGGGUACAGUUAUUGGAAUAGAUUUAGGAACAACCAAUUCAUGUGUCGCUGUAAUGGAAGGUAAACAGGCAAAAGUUAUUGAAAAUGCAGAAGGCUCAAGAACAACUCCUUCUGUAGUUGCUUUUAGCAAAGAUGGGGAGCGUCUUGUCGGUAUGCCAGCCAAACGCCAGGCAGUGACCAACUCAGCUAAUACAUUUUAUGCCACUAAACGUCUUAUAGGCAGGAGAUUUGAGGAUGCUGAAGUUAAAAAAGAUAUGCAAACAGUAUCAUACAAAAUUGUGAAGGCUUCUAAUGGAGAUGCUUGGGUUCAGGGCUCAGAUGGGAAAAUGUAUUCCCCAAGUCAAAUAGGUGCAUUUGUUUUGGCAAAAAUGAAGGAAACUGCUGAAGGCUACCUUAACACUCCAGUAAAGAAUGCAGUUAUUACUGUGCCCGCCUAUUUCAACGAUUCUCAAAGACAGGCCACAAAGGAUGCUGGUCAAAUUUCAGGAUUGAAUGUCCUAAGAGUUAUCAACGAGCCAACUGCUGCAGCACUGGCAUAUGGAAUGGACAAAUCUGAAGAUAAGAUCAUUGCUGUUUAUGAUCUGGGUGGUGGUACUUUUGAUAUAUCUAUUCUCGAAAUCCAAAAGGGAGUGUUUGAGGUCAAAUCGACAAAUGGAGACACAUUCCUUGGUGGUGAAGAUUUUGAUAAUACACUCGUCAAUUUCCUUGUUCAAGAAUUCAAAAGAGAUCAAGGAUUAGAUGUCACCAAAGAUCAGAUGGCAAUGCAGAGAUUGAAGGAAGCUGCCGAGAAGGCAAAGAUCGAACUUAGUAGUUCCCUGCAGACUGACAUCAACCUCCCUUACCUCACCAUGGACCAGUCGGGACCAAAACAUAUGAACCUCAAGUUAACCAGGUCGAAGUUCGAGAACCUUGUUGGUGAACUUAUUAGGAAGACUACCACACCCUGCCAGAAAGCUCUUACCGAUGCAGAGGUCAAGAAGUCAGACAUUGGGGAAGUUCUUCUUGUUGGAGGAAUGACCAGAAUGCCCAGGGUCCAGGCAACAGUACAGGAAAUUUUCGGAAAGUCACCGUCAAAGGCCGUUAAUCCCGAUGAAGCUGUCGCUGUAGGAGCUGCUGUCCAGGGUGGUGUCCUUGCAGGUGAUGUCACUGAUGUAUUACUUCUUGAUGUCACACCUCUAUCGUUGGGUAUUGAAACUCUUGGAGGAGUCUUCACAAGGCUCAUCUCGAGGAACACCACAAUUCCUACAAAGAAAAGUCAGGUAUUUUCAACUGCAGCUGACGGACAAACACAAGUCGAAAUCAAAGUUCACCAAGGAGAGAGAGAAAUGGCAUCGGACAACAAACUCCUUGGUCAAUUCACCCUGAUUGGUAUCCCACCAGCGCCAAGAGGUGUACCACAAAUCGAAGUCACCUUUGAUAUUGAUGCCAACGGUAUUGUCCACGUUUCAGCAAGGGACAAGGGAACUGGAAAGGAGCAACAAAUUGUUAUCCAAUCUUCUGGUGGCCUCAGCAAAGACGAAAUUGAAAAUAUGGUCCGGAACGCAGAGCAGUACGCACAACAGGAUAAGGUGAAGAAAGAGCGAGUAGAAGCCUUCAACCAGGCUGAGAAUAUUAUUCACGAGACAGAAUCAAAAAUGAACGAGUUCAAAGAUCAGUUGCCACAAGCUGAGGUUGAUAAAAUGAAAGAAGAAAUCGCUAAGGUUCGUGAUCUUCUGGCGAAAAAGGAUGAAUCUGACCCAGACGAAAUCAGAAAGACAGUUGGUUCUCUGCAGCAGAAUUCACUCAAAUUAUUUGAAAUGGCAUAUAAAAAGAUGGCCUCAGAAAGGGACCAGCAAUCACAAUCUGGGUCUCAAGCUUCCGAUAAAACCGAAGAACAGAAACAAGAAGGAAAACAAUAAGUCGACUGAUAGAAUAGGAAAAUAUCUCGUUUAACAUUUGAAGAACAAAUAUCUCUGGCUUUUCUCUCUCCCCCUUUUUGUUUUGUUAUCUUAUUAAAAUAUAUUUGAAUAUAACCUUUUGUUUUAAGUUUAAAAAAUUGUAAAUAAUGAGGUUUGGAAUUAUCUCAUUUAUUCAGUUUGUAUUUGUUCUUCAUAUUGUUUUUUUUUCUAUAUAUUUUUUUAAAAAUCAUAAUAAAGGCAAUCACUUGCCUACCAUGAAGUUAUUACAUAUAUACUUUAUAUGUAACAAAUAAAUAUUAACUUUAUAGACGAGAUAUAUGUACAGUGUAUAUUGUUGGUAGGGCGCGUUUCGAUAUGUUACGAUUCAUAGAAUCUUCCUUAAUGCGAGAGUAGUUAUAUAUAGAAGAAUAGCUGACUGACGUUUGGAUGUGAUCCACAUUGUGUAAAGAAGAGUGAAGAGAAAAUAAAAUUCCUUUGUGUGACCAUCUGUGCUAUUAGUUAUUAAUUAGUUACCUUGUUGUAGUAUUUUUUUUUUCAUACUGCAUUUUGUUUGUACAUUCAUUUUUACAUUGAUAAUAAAAUUUUGCAUGUUAUAUUUAUUAGUUUUGUACUUAUAGAUUUAUUUUAUUAUAUCACCAGUGAUGAAAUCUAUGGUUCCCUUUUUUUUUUCAAUUAUAUUUUUUGUUAGAAAAUUUGUUAUAUUAAUAUUGUAUAUGGAGCACACAAAUAUUUUUAAAAUAAAACAAAAAUUUUAUUUCAAUAACAAUUUUUUGUCUCUCUUUCCAUUUUUUCAAGCAUACGUAUUACUCCAGAUUUUCAUAGCUCACU